CCAACUGCUUCCCCUGUCCUGUGCUCCCUCUGCGAACAUUCUAUAAGAAUUAUAUAGGUCCUCAAUACCAGUUAAUCCUCAUCCCAUUAGACAAAUCCUGUGAGGGUACCCUAAGGGACCUCUGCCAGCUUCAAAACGGAUCAAGAGUCCCCAAAAGAGAGCAGCACCAAUAUAGCACAGGAUGCCGUAAACCCGCUUGAAAAAAGGUACCAGGAAUUCAGCUGCCACCUUCCCCAGGCAAUACCAUCUUCUGGCUCUGGAUGACCUACAAGCUUUAUGAGAACAGGCACAACAGUUGGCCCAUAUGCCAUAACCUGGCACGUAACUAGGUGAUGUUGACAGUAAAUUCUUAGAGCGGAGAGUCACAAAUGCUUAUGCUCCUGAGUGUGAGACUUAAAAAUUCAUUUAAUUUGUGGAACCAAAAGGAAGGCUUCCUUGCAAGAAUUUGAGGUCCUAGAAGCAGAAGCAGAAAAGAAUUCCACUCAGAAUCAGACACCAAUUGUCAAAAACUGUCACGAUGAAGCUGGUCGCAGCAGCAGUUUGCUUGAGCCUCCUUGUAGCUGGUCUGUGGGUGGGCCUCUCGUUGACAGCUAAGCCCGAUGAAGGAGGAGGCAAACCUGGAGGCAAACCUGGAGGUGGCAGUGGUGGGAAGCCUGGAGGCGGCAGUGGUGGGAAGCCUGGAGGUGGUGGUGGAGGAGGAGUAAGAGGAUGCUUUCCCCCACCACUGCCAAAAGAAGAAACGUCACUAUGCAGGAACCUUGAAGUUUUCUACACGGAGAUGGGCAACAUCAGCUGUAAAAUUGUUCCUCAGUGUAACCUAUACAGACAGAAGAUCAUGACCUGGCAGUCGCCGAUAGUCAAGUUCAACUCGGCUUUGGAUGGUGCACAGUACCUGCUAGUGAUGGUGGAUCCAGAUGCCCCCAGCAGGACUGACCCCAGGAUGAAAUACUGGAGACACUGGUUAGUGUCCAACAUCACGGGUGCUGACAUGAAAAGUGGGAAUAUUCGUGGCAAUGUGAUAACAGACUAUGCGCCUCCUACCCCACCUCCAACCACUGGUCUACACCGCUACCAGUUCUUCGUCUACCUUCAGGGAGACAGAACCAUUUCUAUCUCAGAAAACCAAGAGCGAGGUGCUUGGAAACUGGACAAAUUUCUGCAGCAAAAUGGGCUGACAGAUCCCGACUCAAGCACCCAGUUCAUGACUGAGUUUGAUGGGGAAAUUCCACCAUUUUUUGGUAGAAUUAAUGACGAAGAGGAAUUCAGUCAAAAUUAACUGUCCACUGAACUGAAACUUUUACCUUCCAGGUGUGUGCUCAUGUCAUGUAAUGCACUAUAGAUGAUCUGGUGAUGGAAUCUCCUCUUGGCAUCUUCCAAAUAAAAUAAAAAUAAAUAAAUAAAACAAAAAACAAAACAACAACAACCACAAAACAAAAAUAAACACUCACCCAGGACUUAGCAA